AUGCUUUCAAUUGCAGGCGCCGGCGCCGGAGGCAUAGCUACCGCAACAAAACUAGCAAAGGCAGGGUUUGACGUGACGGUCGUAGAACAACAUGACUUUGUUGGAGGGCGAUGCUCCCUGAUUCGCCAUGACGGCUAUAGAUUCGACCAAGGCCCAUCCCUAUUCUUAAUGCCAGAGCUAUUCGAAGAAGCCUUUGAAGAUAUCGGUACAUCAAUGAGCGCCGAAGGCGUUCAAUUAUUAAAAUGCGAACCAAAUUACCGCGUCUGGUUCCCAGACAACGACUGUUUCGAGCUCUCCACCGACAUAGUCAAAAUGAAACAUCAAAUUGAAGCCCAUGAAGGCAAAGACGGCUUUCACCGAUUCCUAGCAUUCAUGCAAGAAUCCGGCAAGCAUUAUGAAUUAUCUGUAAAACACGUCUUGCGGAAAAAUUUCUCGUCGUAUGUGAGUAUCCUGAGACCGGAUUUCUUUGCGACAAUCUUCGAUAUGCAUCCGUUUGAGAGUAUUUAUGGCCGGAUUACGCGGUAUUUCAAAUCGGAUAAGAUGAGGAGAGUGUUUACGUUUGCGAGCAUGUACCUCGGCAUGAACCCGUACGAAGCUCCGGCGACGUAUUCCUUGCUGCAAUACACGGAGAUCGCACAUGGUAUUGCAUACCCGGUUGGCGGGUUUCAAACGGUUCUGCAAGCUUUAGCCGACGUCGGUAAGCGAAUGGGAGUAAAAUAUCUCUUUAAUUCGCCCGUCAAUUCAGUCAUCCUCUCCAAAGAUCAAAAAACCGUUGAAGGCGUAAAGCUUGAAAACGGCAAAGAGCUACGAGCAGACCUCGUUGUCAUGAACGCCGAUUUAGUUUAUGCAUACAACAACCUUCUCCCCCCGUCAAAAUAUGCGCGCUCACUCAAAACUCGCGCUGCAUCAUGUAGCAGCAUAUCCUUUUUCUGGUCUUUCGACACUGUCAUUGACGAAUUGGACGUACACAACAUCUUCCUAGCGGACCAAUACUCGGAAAGCUUUGAUGCAAUCUUCAAAAAGCAUUCUCUACCCGAGGAUCCAUCCUUUUACAUCAAUGUGCCUAGUCGCAUAGACAAAACAGCUGCUCCGGCAGGAAAGGACGCUGUGGUGGUUCUAGUGCCGAUUGGCCACUUACUCGAAAACCAAUCUGACGUCAAGGAUUGGGACGCGCUUGUUGCUAAUACGCGGAACUUGAUCUUUGACACAAUCGAGACUCGUACGGGUGCUCGAAACCUGCGACAGAGAUUACUGCAUGAAGAUGUUAACACUCCUGUCACCUGGCGGGAGAAGUUCAAUCUUGAUCGAGGCGCUAUCCUGGGUCUAUCUCAUUCUUUCUUCAAUGUCUUGUGUUGGCGACCCAAGACCAAACACGACGAUAUCAAGGGUCUCUAUUUCGUCGGCGCGAGCACCCAUCCGGGAACUGGUGUGCCGGUAUGCUUGGCCGGAGGAAAGAUUGUGAGCGAGCAGAUCAUCAAUGACUGGAUGCCAGAGAGGAGGACGAGAACGGUAUUGUCAACGCAGUUAUUGGGGCCGUUAGUGUUGCUCAUCUCGCUUUUGUUGGUGUGGUAUAACUUGGGGCAGUCUGGAAGUCAUUGGCAACGCCGAUUCGCGGUGGCGUCUGCUUGA